GGCCCUCUCACACAAGAGUCAGCUGAUUUGCAUCGUACAGUGGAUUUUGGUGCAAUACAUCUGUGCAACCAGGAGGAAAACUACAUUUUAGAAAGGAAUAUACGGUUUUUUUGUUUGUUUUUUUUUAUUUUGUUUAUGUCUUACGGUUCCGCAAUAACAAAUGGACAGUCACUGAUACAUUGCUCAGUAUAGCUGCAGUGCAGAGAAUAGGCAGUCUCCUAUCCGCAGGGAGGCAGGCCAUCGGCUAGCAAAACAAGAAAUAGCAAUUCCGCACUGCAACUAGUGUAAUAUUAAACGCGUAUUUAUUUAUUUAUUUAUUUUUCUGUGAUGAACGUCGGUCAUAGUGUAAUGGCUUUCUUAAGCUGAUGUUUGCUUUGUUUCACGAUGCAACGUAAUGAUGUCAUCGCAAAGCUGUGAGUGACCGAGAGGGUUAAUGUCAAACCUGCCCUGUUUGUUCUCGUUUUGUAUUUCUUAGAGAAUCCUAUAGGGUGUUGUGUAGAAACACGGAAUGGCUGCCGAUUUGCAAGCGAAGUAUCAGAAACUUGCUCAGGAGUAUUCGAAGCUCCGGGCACAGAACCAGGUACUGAAGAAGGCGGUUGUGGAUGAGCAGGCCAGCACUGCGCUUCUGAAGGAGCAGAUGAAGAUGAAGGACCAGUCUCUGAGGAAGGUGGAGCAGGAGAUGGACAGCCUGACCUUCAGGAACCAGCAGCUAGCCAAGAGGGUGGAGCUGCUGCAGGAGGAGCUGGUCGCCAUGGAAACCAAAGGGAAGAAGAACAAGCAGAAGUCCAGUGACUCCACGUCACAGCACAGUCAUCAGCACCAGAGUGUCUUCGACGAGGACCUGCAGAAGAAAAUCGAGGAGAACGAACGCCUUCACAUGCAGUUCUUCGAGGCGGAUGAGAAGCACAGGCAGACAGAGGCUGUGCUCCGAGAGAGGCUGGAGGUCCUGGAGAGGGGGGGAGCGCAGCACCAAGCUGAGGUCGACGGGCUGACCCAUAAGUACAUGGAGAGCAUCGAGAAGCUUCAGAACGACAAGACAAGACUGGAGGUAAAAUCCCAGACCCUAGAAAGAGAAGCCAAGGAAUGCAGACAACGAACUGAGGAAUGCCAGCAGCAGCUAAAGAAAUGUCACACCGAGCUGAACAGCCGUUUGGAGCAGGUUACCAGCAUCAUUCAAGAGAAAGUUUCCUUUAAUGACACAAAACAUUGGCAGUAUAACACCCUGAAUGUCCCGCCUCACAACAGAAGACAUCAGCUGAAAGCAAGGGAUAUUGUUGGGCAGGCAUUAACAUUCAUUCAGGAGCUCGUGGCUGCAUUGCUGAACUUUCACACCUACACAGAGCAGAGGGUCCAGAUCUACCCCAUCGACUCAGCCACAAAUACAAUUUCACCUUUAAACCAAAAGUUUUCUCAGUAUCUUCAUGAAAACGCAGCCUAUGUGCGCCCUCUGGAGGAAGGAAUGCUGCACUUGUUUGACAGUAUUACGGAGGACACUGUUACUACAUUGGAAACAACUGUCAAACUAAAACAAUUUUCAGACCAUUUCACAUCGUACACCUGCUUCCUACAGAAGAUUCUUCCCUAUCAGUUGAAAAGUCUGGAGGAGGAGUGCGAGUCCUCUCUUUGCACGUCCUCCUUAAAAACAAAAAACUUGGAACUGCACAGCGACGUGAAAAAGAUGACUUCUGUGUUUGAAAAACUGCAAAAUUAUAUCGGCCUCCUUGCUUUACCAAGUACCAAACCUGAGGCAAUCCUUCAAGCCAACUCCAGUGCUGUGUUCACACAGCUUGCAGCUUGUCUCCACGGGCUCCAGGAUGUCAUGAAAGAUGUUUCGAAGCACUACAGCCAGAAAGCUAUACUUGAACAAGAACUCCCAACGGUCACGCAGAAACUUCAAACUACCAACGAGUGUAUCCUGACGUCCCUUGUGUCUCUGAGCAACGUUACUGGAAAGAUUGCUACAUAUUUCAGCAACAACCUAGAUUUCUUCACUGCCCCGACAGGCUAUGGUCCAAGAGCAGGGACUGGGACAAUGAACCCCCUUCAUGCAGAGUCAAUGUUACAGUGCAAGAAGAGAGCAACUGGCUAUAUCCAAUCCCUGAAGAAGCCACUGCCAGAAUCUGUUCCUUACGUUGAAGCUUUGGCACACCGUAGAAUUCUUCUGAGUUCCACAGAGAGCAGAGAAGGUCUAACACAACAGGUCCAUCAGAGCCAGGAGAAGAUUGUAAAGCUGGAACAGGAGAAGGAGCACUGGAUGCUGGAGGCACAGCUGGCCAGGAUCAGGCUGGAGAAGGAGAACCAGCGGAUCAGUGAACUGGAGGCUCAGCUUGCGGGCUCGAGCAGCAGCCAGCUCUCCCUGCCCACCCCGGAGAGCCCCAGCUCCCAGCCCACACCAGAGGAGGAGGGCAAGGAGCCAGGAGAGAGGGGCCUGGGAGAACCCAUCCGCAGCGCAAGCCUGAUUGGAAUGUUGACAACUAAGAGUGAAGAAGUAAAGGUCCCAGACGAGGAAUGUCGGGAGCAGCUCAUUAAGAGUCACUACAUGAGCAGAGUGGCGGAGCUGACGUCCCAGCUGCAGGUGGCAGACAGCAAAGCCGUGCAUUUCAAUGCAGAGUGCCGGGCUCUUGCUAAACGAUUAACCCUUGCUGAGAAAUCGAGGGACACGCUGACAGAGGAGGUGAAGCUGGCCAAUCAGAAUGUCAGUCGCUUGCAGGAUGAAUUGGCUACAACCAAAAGGAGUUAUGAGGACCAGCUGAGUAUGAUGAGCGAUCACCUGUGCAGUAUGAAUGAAACGCUGACAAAACAAAGGGAAGAAAUUGACACUCUGAAAAUGAGCAGUAAGGGAAAUUCCAAGAAGAAUAAAGGUCGAUAGGCAGCAAACAGCUGCUCCUUGAGUCUGGAUUAGACAGCUGAGGAUGUGACCAAACCUGAACAUGGGAAAACUGAAAAUGCCAAACAACUGACCCUUUCCUCGCCUCAAGCAGGACAUUACUGAUAGUGGCUGGAGCAGCAGAGGGUGUAUCUGAGAGCUAAGAUCAAAAUAACCAACAAAAACUUGACAAAGCGCAGCAGGGUGUCUUACAGCAAUUGCCAGCCACUGGCUUUUUGAACUGCUGCCAAAGUGUUUCUACAGAGAUGUGUGCACUUUGAUUGAGAAAACAAAGGGAGACAGAAGAUGAGGUAUUGCAAAGUAAUUUUUGUUCCAAAAAUAAUUCUCAAUCUGUCACCUGGGUGGAGAAUUGGUUCAUAUUAGUGAUCAUUCCCGAGCCAAAGGGAGCUAAUUGUAUCAGUACAAAAGACUAACAAUGCUAGUCACUUGCACUGCUAAUUUGUAAAAUGGCGGACAACAGCAAAUGAAUUACAAAAAUACCGUACUACAAAACGAAGAUGCUGCAGCACUAAAAUCAUCAUAAAAAUUUCACUUUCAGUGUUUUCUGAUUUCCUAAAAUUCAAACAAAUCCAACUCGACAAUGUAAAUAAAUACAACAUUCACAAACUCAGUGGACUUCUCAGAUAAUUGUAUGCGGCAGUGAGCAAGUCAGACUGCUGACCUCACAGUGGGAAACUAAAGGACACUUGGGAAGAACUGUUGUGCAAUACUGUGGGCAUUAUAGACCUCUUGUUAACUAUAGUUCAUCCCUCGGGGGCCAUAGCUAUACUCCUCUCUAGUCCAUAUAUAUAUAAUUAGGGCUGUCAAUUAAUCACAGUUAACUUCUGCAAUUAACGCAUUCAUUUUUUUUAGGAGAUUCGUGUUUUUAACACAUGUUAAUCACGCUCCUGUCUUGUCCCUCUUAUUCACAGUAAUUCAUUUCCUGUGGCAUGCCAUGAUUGAAUGAGUAUAGUCAUCGUUUUAAUAUAAAGUUAGUCAUGAAAUCGCAUUAUGAACAAAGCACUCAAACUGGAGGAAUUGUAGCUUUGUUUUAUUUCAAUAACCACAUUUUCAAUAAUAUUAUUUACAGUUAUGGAGGAUAUAACCAUUAC